CGGGAUUUUUGACACGGCCGACGUUCGAUCGUACUUGCAUUUGUCUCGGAGCGCUCUAUCCGAUCCGUCGCCGUCGCCCGAUAACGACCGUCCCUCGUGCAACGAACGCGCGAAAAAUCGGCGCAUCCGAAGAUGCGUCACGUGCAUCGUCCCGCCUGACCCGUCUGACCUGGCCGUCGUCGCUUCGCCGUCGCGCGCGAAUUUCUGUGUGAUCUCGACCGAUUUUUUUUUCCUCUCCUCUUUUCGUUCUUCUUUUCUUCGGAGUGCCACACGGGAGUCGAGUUUCAGGUCCGCGAACUUUUCGAAAUUUCGAUUGAAGUAGUGUCGUUCGUCCCGUAUUUCGAUCGGCCGCGCGGAGAUUCAUUUAUUUCUUCGAUUUGCUAAAGUUUCUCUCUCUCCGGCUUUAAUCCGCCUUCGGAGAAAGUAUUACGGAUUGCCGGGGCGAAUUGUGCUGUGGUGGCUCGGAAAUGAGACAUAGGAUUAGACACGACUGAGCUGUAGCUGCAAGAAUGGCUAGGACGUUUUCGUUGAGCUUGAUAGUGGCGUUGCUGCUGAUCUUCGCUAUUACCGAAGCUUCUCGUGGAGAACAGACUAAUCAGACGGAUGGAUAUAAAGUACAGAAUCGCGGUACCAUGCGGUACAACUCUAAAUCGACGACGGAACCGAGUAGUCUUCCUGCACCGGAAAUCAAAUCGCCUCGCGAUAAGAGUUCCCGUUCAGAAGCAGUUCCCAACUUAGAAAACCAUGAGGCGCACUUUGCGAGAGAAGGUCCGAUUAGAUCGCGAUCAAAAUUAAAGCAUCAGGCGGUAGAUGGUUCCACUACUACUAGUAGUACUACUACGACACGGACAAGUUCCAGGCAUUUGAAUUCUAAUGCCGAUAAUUUACGAAACCGUCAAAAAUCGCGCGUCGCACAAGCUAUUAAAGAAGAAAUAACGAGGGACGAGAACAAGGAGAAUGUGCCUGAAUCACAAACACCGAAACGACUGGCGGCUUCCCGAAGAACGUCUUCGGACGCAUCCCCCGUCUGGGUGGACAACGCGAAGUUGGAUCACGAAGUGUUCACGAAAUCCGAUCAUUUGAGAUCGAGGACAGGAAGAAAGAUUUAUGUGAAUCACGGGAGGGAAUCGAAGGACGAAGUAAUCCCAUCCAGAAAAUCUGCAGACGAUGAAAAUGUGGAGAAAGUCGAAAAUUCGAGCAGCGUGCCGAGAAAGGAAGAAGCACGAUUGGAACAUUCAGCGGCCGAGAACGUUACCUCGAAAGUGGACGAGUUGAAGAAAAUAGACACGAAAAGCGCCAACAGUUCUGACAGUCGUAAAGACGAGGCGAGAGACGUUCUGCUGUCGGGUUCCGAGAGUGUGAGAGUGGACGUUCCUCUGACAGUCGGAAAUGUCGAAGACGUCAAUUUUCUAACGUCCGCCGCGGCAGCUCCGUCCGGCAGCGUGUCCCCGCGACAAGCUUCAAGGCCGACCAAGGAGAAGUCGGAGAGCAACGACAUCGCGAGAUCGAGCGCGAAGAAGAGCAGACACUCCGAUCGAUCGAAGUCCCGUAACAGAUCCAAAACGAGGGAUCCUAAUCUCGAGGCCGCGAAUUCCGGAAGUACCUCCCGCCGAGGCUCGUCCAGAUACGGCGGUACCGCGACCGCGGAGACGAGCGGACGGUCCUCCAGUUCCAGGCACAGAUCCAACGCGAAGAACGUCAAUUCGAGGGGCCGCUCCACCCUGCAUAAGUCGAAGGACGCGGUCGCGGCGGAAGCGAGAAGUAGCGGUAGGCAGAGGAAUGCAGACGCUGAUUCUGAGGUGUAUGCGAACAAACGGACGGAGACGCGACGUAACGACAGACGAACGUCCGAGGGAAAACGAAGAUCCAAGGAUGGCAGGUCGAAAGCCGCGGAAGGCAAGGUAGAUGAACAGGAUAUCCGGACGCAAUCCAGAAGUCGGUCACGCACAGCUGCCAGCAACCUCGACGUUACCACUGCUUACAUUCCGAAAGCGACAAUCGCCGAAACGACGACCGUUCCUUCUGUGGACGAAGAGAUUACGACAGCCAGUACUGCAACGAUCAGACCAUCGACGACCGCUCGAACGUCCUCUUCAACCGAGCGAGCUUCGCGCGGCAAGGGAAGAGACAGAGGAGAAAGUUCUCGAGCGAAGAAACCCCCGAAGGAAGAUUUCUUCAAUCACGGUCUCGGUUUUCGUGGCCGUAAGAGCACAACCGAGGGACCGGCCUCGAUUGUUGCAGAUUCAAGGACCACCACGUCUAGAAGCGAGACGCAAUUGCGCGGUAAUCCCGGAUGGACUCUCAGACGCCGGCCUGGUCACGUCAAUCAAGAUGCUUCUUCAUCAACCGCAGCAUCCACGCCAAUUAAUCGAGAGCAGGCCAACGAGAUCGUCUUGCCCAAUGAUUUAACGAGAAGCACCGAAACACCGUUAGGCAACACAACAAAAUCCGGACGAAGAGGCAACAAAAGGCCAAAAGCGAAGGACGAGAGCAAUACCGUGUCGGGCGUCCCGACGAAGAGCAGUACGAGGGGCAGUAAAACUUUCAACAAAUCCGAAGGUAACUUCGGUUUGCCCAAGAGAGUAGAGCCCGAGAGCGACAAUUAUCCUCCCGCGUUUCGAGCUAGGCUGUCUCAAUUGAAAAAUUCUAACUUGAAACCUACUGAAGGAAAAAGUACAACUAGGACCAGCUUGCAGGAACAUUCGAAGGAACGUACAUUUCGACGGCAUAAACGAUCCAGCACGAAAACGAUGCAUGUAUCCGAAAAAAACGAAACUGUGGAAAAUGCGUUUGCGACAGACUUGCACGUCUCUCCUCCCACGAACCCCUUAACUUCGGUACUCGACCCAGAUACGCGACAAGCCACGAAACCAAGCUUGGCGAGUCUGUUCUCCGAAAGAUCCAAGCUGAAACUGGAGUUGGCCAGAAGAUUAAUCAAACCCGAUUUGAACGUUGACGAGAAUAAUUUCGACGUAACGACGGCCGCUUAUUCCGCUACGUCGAAAGCGAAAGAAGUUUCGACGGUCAGCGAGAGCAGGAACGUAGAGAAAACCACAAAAGCGACUAGUAAACUUAUUGGUGCUCGUGCCACGCACGGAAGUUCGACGAUCGCGCCGAAAGAGAAAUCAACCGUGAGAGGCAGAUGGAAGAUCGUAGAGACCAGAAAAUUGGCGAAAGAUCGAAAUAUCAAAGGUCCGCUCAGAUCUCCCGCCGGCACGACCAAGAAGAGCCGAGUGACUUCCGAGAGGGCAGCUUCGCUCGUUGAGGGAACAUCGACGAGGAGCGUUACCGAACUUAACGCUAUACCACGUCUGAUCACAGUUUCGUAUCGCGGCGCCGUUCCCGUGGAAGACACGGCCGCCACGACUAUCGACACGACGAAAGUCCGAUCCCCGACAAGCACCACGGCAUCGCGGGAGGAAGUAUCCACUUUGGCGAACACGGUGGACACGGAGGAAAACAGCAUCCUUACGACCAUCGAACCGUUGAAGCCAGAUAAAAUGUUCAUCGAAACGAUCACUGCAACGUCAGGUGAUGCAUCGAUCAUCGACGCAUCAACGGAAUCGAAAGUUCACCCUACGGAAUUCGCUCAAGAAGUGACACUACCACCGACCGUCACCACGCCGUCGACGUCAGAAAAGGUGUACCCCGUUUACUUUCCGGGCGCGAAAGAGUACGACUUGUCGGAUAAAGAAAAGACGACAACCCCGAGCGACGCGGACAAGAGCAGCGUCAAAUCUCGUUACACGAAUCAGGAGCAACUACCGGACAAGGUGGCGGUGUCCAUGGUGACGUCGAGGACCGCCGGACCCACCAGCAGAUACAUCCGGAAGAAAUCCGGUGUCUUCACGCCGUUCGACGCCGUUCCCAAGACGUCCAGCACGGAGGCGACGACCACGCAGACGAAGCGACGGGAAUUCCGUCCGCGAACGUCGACCUACAGGCGGCACUCCGAGGUGCCGACCAGCCAGGUGGUGGUCCAGCAGCCGGCGACGGUCGAGCAGACGACCGCCGGCGUGACGAUCACCCCGAAGCCGACCAAGUAUCACGCUCAGGUUGUCACGCCGAGUCCCCGUUCCUCGCCCUCCGAACCGUUCGUCAGCGUGAGGAUCGACACCUCGAACGACACCAUCACGCGAGUGUCAGGCAUCGCCGGUAACAGCAAUGGUAACAGCGGCAACUCCAACGUCUUCAAUCCCACUAGAAGCACGUUUCUCAGCGCGAACACCACCACGCUGCUGGAGCAACUGCGGAGCACCGUGGCACCGCUCUUGAACGACUUAGGCGACAAGACUCCUAUCUUCUCCGGAGCUUAUUCCAACGUGAAUACCGGGAAUUCAGCCCCUAGGAUAACGCCUAACGGUUCCCCGCCGAGAUUCAGCGCGAGAUACAAAGGAGCAGAAUUGUUUGUAAGAAAGCCGUCCGUCGGCCAAGCUGUGGUACCAUCGAUCACAACGUCGUCUACUACGGCCUCGACACCGAUAGAGAAUUCCGGUUCGGCACCGCCCAUUGACAUCAACAGCCCCGGCGAGCCCAGAUUCGUCACUUUUUAUCAGGCGUUAGAGUCGGCUAGCAUAAGAAACGAGAAUCUGGGCGCGGAAGACGUGUCUCAGCGGCAAAGACUAACUGGCGUGGGAACGAAGGUAGACCCUAACGCUACUGUACCUAACGGCGCCGGUAACGACACUGCUAACAACAAUGACACCAUCGCUCCAUCAAUCACGACUACUACAUCCUCCCCAGAUACUACCACUACCGUAGACACUACCACCGCCGUACAGUCGGCAGACAAUUCGCUCGCUUCGAGAUUAGGUGCGGAGAGUAGUACCGAUGGUAGCCCGGAAACCACCACGACGGUACAAACCCCCGCAAAUCCGGACACGAGCGGCGGAGAAACGACUCCGGUCCCCACCUCAGAAUCGCCCGGAACCACCGUCCCCGUUAACACGAUCACGAACACGCCGCCGUUCGAUACGAAUGUCCCGGAUACCGCGGGACCGCUUACCACUACCGAAACCGCCACGUCGACGAGCGUUGCCGAUGCAACUUUGGCGGCGUUGUCCUCCACGGAAUCCGUGCCCAACGACCCUCAAGCCACCGAGCCGGUGACGAGCACCGAGACCACGGAGGUACCGAUCACCAAAACGGUGAACGCGGGCGUGCCUCACAAUCUGCAAACGGCGAGUGAUACGCCGGAUUCAACAGUACCGAUCACUGAGAGCGUCACGAAUGUGCCGCACGUACCAUCGGAAGCGACGACUAUGCCCACGAUAAACGAUACGUCGGAGAGCAUCACGACGAGUACCGUGCAGCCCGAGGAAACGACGCCUCGCACAACGGAGGCGACCGACUCGGUCGAGGAUAUAGAAACGAAUACCGUACAGCAGUCCGACGCGACCGCGACGGUUCCGUCACAAACGACGGAGACCACAAGCAUCGCCGAGCCGACCACGACGGAGGAGAUUUCGAACGACAUAGAUUUCGAGUUCCGUGCGACGGCGGCACCCUCCUUCACGACCACGUACCGCACGCGAUUGAUUGAUUACGCGCAAGACAUUCUAUCGCAUUUGUCGCACAAUCACGGUUUCUCCACGGUUAAAACACCGGUCCGAAAGCCCACCGCCACGACAACCGUCUCUCCCGAGUCCAACACGAUACCGGAUUCGUCGUCGACGAAUACGGAGAGCCCGGAGGAAACGACUACCGUGCGGCAGGCUGGACCGGAUGACGUCGGAAUGACGGUGCCGUCGGACGUCGAGUUCGUGCCGACCACGACAAACGACUUCGGGCCCGAAGAGACCACUCGAAACACGGUAGAUACGGAUACCACGCCUCCGUCUAAUGGAGACCAGGAGACAAACGCACGAAAUACAUUGGACUCGAGCACAACAACGAGACAGACGUUAUCGAGUAGAGUAGGCAACGCGACAUCGGACGCCGAAUCGACGACGACAGCUCAGGACACGCGAGCCCCGUCGACGGACGAAGGAGCUGCGACCACCACGCCGAUACCGAUCCCGCGACUCGUCGAAUCCCUUGCGGAGAACGAUCCCCGGUCGUCUAACGAUACGUUACUCACUGAGCUAAUGACGAUCGCGAAGACUCUCUUCACGGAAGCGAUGAACGACACGCGGCAGUCGGUUGACAGCACGGUAGGAAACGAUAAUAGAAAUCGAACCGUGUCGAACGGCAUGUCAGAAGUUACCGCUGCACCUCCCGAACUUUCAAAACCUUUAGAGAGAGGAGAUAAUUUCACUCGCGGCCCUGUUGUAGGAUCGAAAAUUUCGUUAGUGGAGUCUAACGCGCGACCCGCCGAUGUUGAAAACCCUGCAGUAGGUGAUGUUACCAUGUCCCUCUCGCAGAUAAAGACCGGAACAUCCACUAUGGUUAUGGUCAGCAUGAAUUCGGAACUAACUACUAAUACGCCUGACUCACAAUUGUCUAAUCCGAUCGAAUCAACCAAUAAUAAUACCGAGCAACAAAUAGAUAUUACGACUAUUUCGAAUAACGAGGUCCAGUUGCCGAAUCGAUUAUCGGAAUUUGCAAUGGACCUUGCUACCAGUAAUCCCUUAACAAACUCUGUUACCGCAAAUACAGAAGAAACGCUGUCCACGUCUGACGUAAACGAGUCCACGACGUCGGACGUGGAAAUGGUAACGGAAUUAACCACCGCCGUAGCAAUGACGGAAAUAAACGUUGUACAAACGAACGCCGUAGAUACCACUAAUCAGAUACCGGAACCCACUACGAUAGUGCCUGCAUCUGACCAGCAGGUUACAAACGAUCGAUCCCACGUAACAAAUACAUCGAACAUCAUUACAUUUCCAACGGUAUCCGAUACGACAAGCGAUACUCAGCCAUUCGAUACAGAACCUCCCAACACGGAAUCAGUUCGUAACUUACUAAGCACCACCGACACCACCACCACUAAUCGAUUCAACGACAUAACAACAAACGCCCCUCAAACGCUAACCGAUCUCGUAAGCGAGAUGCCAAAUCUUAUUGCCCGUUUACAGGAUACAACAUCAACAACAACCGCCCAAGGGACGGCUGGUUCAAGAAUCAUUCAACCCGAGCAAACGACUGAAACCACCAUCACUACCACCGUUCCUACUGUCACAACAUCUUCAACCGCACCAACCACAUCCCCCGUAUCCUCUACCGACGCGUCAACCAUCCCCUCCUCAUCAGUCGAACCGACGGUCACGACGACAAAGACCACGACGACGACGUCGACAACGACCUUGCGCACGACGUCGACGGACGCGUCGUCGUCCGAGCUCACCACUGUCGCACCGACGUCCGAAACGACCAAUACGACUGUCGACAUAAACGAGAAUCUCGUCUCCACCGAGACAACGACCGACACCUCGUCUACACGAGACACAACGGUCCCGAGCGAAGCGGAUGACCUGAACGUGAUAUCGAGGCUAAACGGAGAGGAAACGACGACAACGACAAGUGCCGCACCACCCACGAAUACGUCGACCACUACGUCGACGACCACGUCGACUACCGCACGAACUACUGUGCUAAAUCGAAUAUCACCUACGUUCACGCCUCUCGGCGCUUUGAACACGGGACUACCCUACCUCGGACGUUUCGGCAGCGGCCAGAUGACGCCGCCCCCGAGACUUGGCUCCUCCAAGGCGCCCGUCCGCGACUACUUGAUUUACGGUAUUUAUCCCAACAAAACCAUCGUGCGGAAGCGGCCGGAGGACAAUCUAAUUGACGGCAGAAACGUGAACAGCCCGUACGUGAUAUUCGGCAUCUAUCCGGACGGCAGACUAGUCCGGAAGUUCCCCAACGGGACGAUAAUACCGGAUUCACCCAGGAACCCGGUCGAGGUUGUGUUCACUCUUAGAACUUCCACUACUACUAACCGACCAGCACCCAGGCCAUAUUAUAACCAGGUUAACCAAGCGGGCGUUUAUAACAACCAGUACCAAGCCCCGGUGUACUAUAAUAAUGGUAGACCCGUGGACGAGCUGACGGGAGGCGCCCAGAGCCCCGGAUCCCUUGAUUUUGGACUUAUCGGUAAUGCGAUCGGCGUUACUCCUGGAGGCCCCAAUUUCGCGGGACCACUUGGUCCCCCUGCUAGCGUCCCGAGCACAAACAAAAUGAGCGAUAUUUUAUUAAAUUCCCAAAUGGGUACGUUGCCGAAUGGACCUAUCGGUAAUCUGCAGACGUCAAAUAGUGGCCAAGUACAGGGUCCGAUCGGUCCUCCUAAUAUCGUCCAGGAUCGCGAAAGGAACGAGGCUUCUCGGACAAAAGUGACAUCUGAUCAACGCAGCUCUGUAUACAUCGGACAGGAUAAAUUUAUUAAUUAUCAAAUUGACGGUGCACCUGAUAUCAAUCCAAAUGUUCUUGAUGUAAGAAUAAAUUCAGUGGCUACUUCUGUGAACGAAGGUACGGCAUCAUCCACGGCGUCGAAUCCGUUCGCAAAUUUGCUGACCAAUCAGUCGGGUGGUGGUGUAAUAACAGCACCUCCCGGUUUUCCUUGGAGAGACCCCCUCGAUCAGAUAUUCGGUAUCACCACCAAUUCACCUAUACAAACAGCAUCUGUGGCAUCAAAUCAAUUGGACGAGCCGACCGAAAGCAAUGCGCCGAUUAUGUCGCGUCCCGUAAGUCCCUUGGUGGAAAUCUUCACACCACUCAUGAACAAUGCAACCCCAACAUCCGCAAACAUCACGAAUACUGCUGAUACGACACCUACUACUACUACUGCCAGUACCACUCCUAGUACUACUACUAGUACUACUACCACGUCAGCACCAACAACGACUACUGCUGCUACUACCACUACUACCACCACCACGAUGACGACUACCACAACGACUACCACUACUUCGACAACGACCCCCGCAACGACCACGACACGUCAAACGACUACGACAGGUACCAUUAUACUUACUACCAUUCCCCGAUUCGCAAAAGCUGCUUCCUUCAUAAAUACUUACGUAAUAUCGUAUACAACAGCAGGUCCAGGAACAGUCCCGUCGUCAUCUACCGCACCGGCAAUAUCUGCGAACAACAUAUUAAGUAGAUUACAAUCAAACACGAUGGAGAACCCUUUUGGUACCACGUUCGGGGAUUUGGCUUUCUUGAAUUCAUUGUUACAGAAUAACAACAAUGUUAAAAUUAAGCCCACUACGCCGAAAACGCUAAGUGAAGUGGAGCAAAUAUUAGCAAAUAGGAUUUUAUCACUUGCACUGGCUAAUCCUGGACCGACGCGAUCGCCAAAAGCGAUUCAAUCUACAAAUUUGAAUGCGAAUGUGAACGCAAUAAAAAAUCGCCCGUCAUCCGGACUGCCUUCCGAGCCGAUAAUAAUCGACUUGUUACCACUUACGUCACCAUCAACCGUUCCCAGCAGCACGUCACCCACGCAGAGGUACACCGAAACAGUGACGACACAAGCUACCACCGCGUCGACCACCAAAGCACCAGUCGUUAUCACUGCCAAGCCUAAGACGACAGCGAAACCCAAGGGUACCACCCCUCGGGCGCCCGUAGGAUUUGGCGCGGGUUUAUGGCGUGCGUUGUUCAGCAACGUUUUCGAAGCGACCACCGCAGCGAGCGCCGCGAAAAAGAAACCCACGAUUAAGGCAACGACUCCAAAGCCCGCCGGAAUUAUCCAGACAUCGCAAAAUGUCAAACCGACGCUUACAAGUCAUAUAAUGACUACGGCCAAGUCGACAAGAAACGUGGACAUUUCGGAUAUCCAUGUGGCCUCGAGCACGUCACUCGCGGACACCAUCAUUUCCGCAGCAACGCCAACGCCAAGUGUGGUUUCAACCACGCUCUUAAAUAAUCCGAAUCCCAGAUUGAACGACGCCUCCACGUCCAAGUACUCACCAGAGGACGACGCGAAAUUCCUAGCUGCGCUUCUGCGUGCCGUACAAACGGAAACGAAAACGAGUACUUCUUCAACGCAAUUAAGUGACGACGACGAAGCCUUCCUGAGAGCGAUUUUAAGUAAUCAGGCUAGCAUUUCCACCACAGCAUCACCAUCCACCGAAACGAAUCCUGCUGCUUUACUGGCUUUACUCCUAAAGCAGCAAGGUAUAGAACCUACGACACCAGCGACGAAACUUAGGGAACAAUUACAAUUAUCCAGUCUAGGUCUGCUCACACCGGAUGCGACCACGACUGGACCAACAACCAAUAGACCGGUCAGCACGACGAGACAAGUAACGACACCGAGACCAACGGUGAGACCGAGACAAGUACUUCAGACUACGACAUGGGCUCCAAGUUCAACGUAUCCACCUCCCCUUUUCGGAGGAAGUGGGUCCUCGGGUAGCGGGCUGGUUACUGCUACUAGAGCCAUAGGCAGAUUCCUUGGCGCUGCUAUUUCGGGUGCAGCCCAACAGUUACAAUCUUUACUAAGAAAUAGUACCAGAAGCGCAGCCGGCUAAUAUUAGAAUGGAAAAGGACGAUAUACAUCAAUUUUCGCUCAAUCUGAGGACAAAUGUCAGGAUUGAGGUUGUAGUAGUUGUUAAUUAAUAUUGUGCUUGCCGUUGAAAGUGCAUUACAAUGGCAAGUGCAUUACAUGGAAGUCGACAAACGCUAGGAAAGUUCAAUCAAGACAAUAAUAGGAAGAAAACUUGCUCAAUUAUUACGAAUUGCUACGGACGAUAUGUAUACGGAUACGGAUGAACAGGUCUUAAAAUCACAUUUUUUUCUAUUUUACUAAAAAAAAAAAGAUAAUUUUUUCGGAAUAAAUGAAUCGAUCAAAUAUCGAAAAACUCGACAUAUCGAAUUCUCGGUACGAAUAGUAUUUAAACAAUUUUAGCUCAACCGUUACAAUAUACAAAAAUUUAACAUACUCGAUGUCUUGACCGAACGUUUCUUGCCGAUUCCUUAUCUAAGAAACAAAUAUUUCAUUCGUCGUUGUUAAUUAUUACUAAAGUUUAAUACCGCCACGAUUCGAGAAAUCCGAAAAAGAAAGUUGGUAUAUCAAUCAAAUAUACUAAUUUAUUCUGUUUUCUACAUAGAGAGUUCACAUUUAAAUAAGCAUUCAUUUUUAAUUCAAGAUAAUUCGAUUCGACAGAAAGGUCGGAGACACGGUUGAAUAAAUUUUUCCUUCUCGACAUCUCUUCGGGUAAUUCUGCGGCAAGAUGUUCAGUGAUAAUUCGCAACGACGAUUUCGAACGUCGAAACAAUCUUGAAACUUUGCAAACAUUUCCAAAGUAAGCCUACCGAUCUUUUUCCUCCGGAUGUACUUGUGGAGAUGUUUGUAACGGUCGUCAUAAUUAAGGUAAUAUACUAGCGCAACGUUUUACAUAUCGUUAAUCGUACUCUGUCGAUGUGUCUUGCCUCUACGCUUUUUUUUCUUACUUUUUCUACUGUUCUUCUUUUGUACGGUGAAGCGGUGAAUGUGCUCAGUGGUUAACAUUUCAACGCACUUUGCAUGCGGAUGAUUCUACGAAGGAUGGUAUUUAAUAAGAUUGCGUUAACUUUGUGACCGACAAUUUAAACUUUCAAAAAUCUUAAAGGUUGAACUGUAAAAGACAUCGAACUGCAACUAUAGACAUCAUCUGUAUGCAAAGUUUUAAAUUAAAAAUUGUGUAUGUUUCGAUCAAUACUUUUGCAAUUUUAAAAGAGAACUUUUACUUAUUCAACAAUUUCUUCUCGCCCCACAUCCGCAUAUCAAUAUAUAUAUAUCAUACGCAAAUUGUACAUUAUUAAAUUAAAUUGUUUUUAGAGAGGGAAGGAGCGUAAUAUAAUAGGAUUUUUUAAUGUAGGGAGGGAGCGUAACUUAAUAGUAUUUUUUAAUGUAUGUGAAUAAUACAAAGAGUGAUUGAGAGAAAAAGAGAGAGAGAGCGAAAGAUUGAGAUUGGGGCAAAGCUGAUUUAUCUUGAGCAAUCUCUUCCUAGACAAUCGAAAGAUAUAAAUGACAUCGUAUAAAUAUCGAAAAGAACAUCUUACGAGAGAUAUUCGUUUAGGGACUUUAGAUGACUUUUAGAUGUCGUUAUUGCUUAUUCGAUUGAAAAGAGAAAGCUAUCUCGAUGUUGGUCUCGUCCCCAUUCUGAUAGUCCGGUGUAUGUUUAAUAAUUGAUAAAAUGAUAAGUUCUAUAUGUAUAGAAUUUCCACUCAAAAUAAUACAAUUACUUAGAUAUUUCUAAUAUAAGUUAUUGAUGACUUUAUUUAAUAAAUUUUUAACUUCCGAUUCAUAUUUUGCAAUUGAGCUUGUCUAUCUCAUGUAUUUCUUUCUAAUGGACUAAGACUCGGCAUAUGCGUCAAAAUAAUGUAUGAGAUUAUUUUAUAAUUUUUCAAUUAAAAGUGUCGUUAGCACGAAACAUCAGCAUUCCUUGUAAUACAUUAAUACGCAUAUUUGAGUGAUGAGCUUGAUUCAAAAUAAAUCUAUAUUUUUAAUUCAAUUAUUUAACACGUUAAUAUAUUAUAUAAUUCGAUGGUGUUUUGGUAAAUUUAACGAAGCAUGUUUUUCUAUACUUAUUGAAAUCCGCGAGUAAAACUGUGGAUUUUACGGAGCUGUGAAUGUAUGGAUCUAUGCGUGUACGUGCACAGGCGAAAAAUACGUAAAAUAUUUUAACUUCUGCAGAAAGAAGCAAAAUUGUUUUUUUGGAUUAGAAUAAGCAGGAUAAGCGAUUUCCAGCAACAAAACGCAGUGGUGGGUAAUCGAAUGCUGCAUACUAAAAAUGGUUGUGAAGAUAUUAAAAUAAAUAAUUUUCUAUAUAUAUAUAUACAUAUAAUUAUCUACUCAUGUCUACUAUAUAUAAACAAUACAAUUUAUCAAUAUCGAAACGGUUUGUUAUAAAAUCUGUUUAAUUGGCUGCGUAAGUAAAAUGCCAUACAUCGCGAUACAGCUCGACUCAUAAUUUAUUUACUUAUACUACGUACCGGAAGUUUCGUAAGAAAAUCAAAUAAUAUUUACGAGCAAUAAUUAUCUUUUCUUCUUCUUCUCAUUUAAGUCGCAUAUAUAUAAUUCAGUCCGUUUAUAUGUUAUGAUAUAGUUACACACCCAUGUGUAAGUCUGUACAUAUGUAUAAUCGGUUAUUCCUAUAUAUUUUAUAUAUAGUAAUAAACGUAAUAAGUUAUAUCUCCCUAAUAUUAGUUAACAUUACGCGGCGCGCCAAUUGUGUUACAGUAAAGUAUCUUGAUAUAUAUAGAUGAUGCCUUUCUCGCAGCUGCUGUAAUAUUUAUUCAAAAUACGCAUCGAAUGCCUUGUAAUUAUAAUGUACAUUUGCAUAUUAAACAACUUCUCACAUUAAA